CUAGUAACUAACCAAUGACGUCACUUCCCAGUUAAACGUGGCUGCCUUGCAAGUGAAGGAAGGAGUGGCUUUUCGAUCUGUCAAGUUAAAUGAUUUCUCGUGACAAUUAAUGACUCGUUGCAUCAAUUAAGUUAUUCUUGUGUGUUUAGCACUUUUAACUCAUUGCGUAAUAGUUCUAUAAUAUAAAAAAUGUCGUCUUCGGGUGAUUUUGGAAACCCGUUGCGUAAAUUUAAGCUUGUCUUUCUCGGUGAACAGAGCGUUGGAAAAACUUCUCUUAUCACACGGUUUAUGUAUGACAGCUUUGACAACACGUAUCAGGCUACAAUAGGUAUAGAUUUUUUAAGCAAAACUAUGUAUCUGGAGGAUAGAACUGUAAGAUUACAAUUAUGGGAUACUGCAGGUCAAGAACGGUUUAGAUCUUUGAUACCUAGUUAUAUCAGAGAUUCUACUGUUGCAGUUGUGGUAUAUGAUAUUACUAAUGCAAAUUCAUUUCAUCAAACAUCAAAAUGGAUUGAUGAUGUACGGACUGAAAGAGGAAGUGAUGUAAUUAUUAUGUUAGUGGGUAAUAAAACAGAUUUGGGUGAUAAAAGACAAGUAUCAAUGGAAGAAGGUGAAAGAAAAGCUAAAGAAUUAAACGUAAUGUUUAUUGAAACUAGUGCUAAAGCUGGAUAUAAUGUAAAACAACUCUUUAGAAGAGUAGCAGCAGCUUUACCAGGCAUGGAUUCCACUGAAAAUAAACCACCUGAAGACACUGUCGAUUUGCAGAAUCAAUCACCGAUGCAGAACGGCUCCGAGUCCGAGGGGGAGAGUGGCUGCAUUUGCUAGGGAGGUGGUUUAUCAGUGUGCAGCUAAAUAAUGCUAACUCCUUGAGACAUUCUGAUAUGAACCAAAAAAUCAUCACGUACUAUUAACAAGAUGCUGGCUUCUUCUGAUGUCUACAUCGUGGCCCAUAAGUUAACGCGCGACGAAGGCACAAAAAACGUUUCAUUGACACCGUUCUUACUAUCGACUACUUCUGCCCCGAUCAAUCUCAUUUAAGUCGUUUAACCGUAGCGUGAUUAACCGAUCGUUUUGCUAUGAUUCAUGUUAAGAACAGCUUUGUGCGGUUAUAGUGCGCGUUGUUACGUUGUUGUAAUCCGCCAUUUAUUCGACCAGAAUCUAGCGAUCUUUACAUUUACAUUUUACAGUAUGAAUCGGGAAUUGACGUCGUUCAAAAAAAAAAAAAAAAAAAAUGGAAAAAAACAAGAAAUACACUAUCGACCGAAUUACAUCGAUGUAAUGGCUACGUCACGAUGAUAGGGUAGCUGUUCCACGCUCGUUAAAAUAUCUUUGAACGUGUCGUUAAGCAAUACGCAAAACAGCUUUUUUGUGAAAUUGUACAUAUCACGAAUCUUGAUGUCGAGAAAGAAGUUGAAGAAGUGUAUACAUCGACUUUUUUUUUCUCUCUUUUUUUUUUUACUUUGCCAUGAUAUUUCUUCGAAUCUCAACUUUUCGCGACUUUCGAAGUUCGGAAGUUGAAGUGGUACCAAUUUUUUACGAAUAGCGUUUCUUUGCUUAUCCUAUCAUCGUUUCCUGUGAUCGCUGUUUUUCGAGGUGAAAAUCUAUUCAACACGCACAAGAUACCGACAAGCUUAGACAAGAGUGUUCUAGACACAAAAGAUAUUCUAGACCUUAACGAAAACGACUGAAAGUAAAAAUGUUUUAAUAGCCCAUCAGUUAGUCGAGGAAAUCGAACGAUCGAGCGGUCUAUUCCUGGGGAUAUAUCUGUUACGAAAAAAUUAUUACUUACACGUAGAAUAUGUUAUUGGCGAGUCUGUUCGAUGGCGUAUUGUUCAAGGUUUAUAAUAUUGUAAUCGUAAUAACAAUCUUUAUAGACGUUUUUCAAUAUCUCUUGAUAAAUAAGCAAGCGACUCAAUACGCGAUCCGUUCAUAAAUUGAGGAAGAAGACGCACUAAUAUGAUGAGAAUAAUUUAGGGAAAAAAAGGAUGCUCAAUCGUUCACUCGCCAUUUUAUACGAUUAUUUCCGAUUCAACCAUGCAAUCAUCGUCGUGGUUGUUUAAACGUAGGCGCUUAAUAUUUACAAAAUUGUCUUUUACAAAAUCAUUGACACUAUUGAUAUGAUUACUCGCCAACAUGCAAUCUUUCCAACGAGCAAUCACGCCCCAAUACGAAACUUGUUGAUUGUUUUAGCAAAUAUAUCGUUUCUAAUUCUAAAUAAAGGAAGGAAAGAAGGAUAUUAUACAAUUAGAAAAGAUAAAUGGAAGUUGCGUCUUCUUUCUAACGAAACAUACACGCAAAAAAAAAAAAAAACACGCACGAAUACGGAGGAAUCGGAAUAUAAGAAAAGAAAUGUUCGGAUCAAUUCAUGAACCUGUCUCGUUCGUCGCGACAUGUAACGAGCGUCGAGCAACGAAACAUAUUGCUCGUGUUUCAUCGAGGAGACUGAAUCUGCUUCUAAGCUCGCCGCCGUUUAAAUCAGAAUCAGAAUAAGACGAAAUAUAUACCGGAGAAAGUUGGAAAUAGCGUAUCGUGCCAGACAUAGAGUGGAGCGCUUUGACGAGAAAAAUGUAGCGGCAACUCCUCUGAUAAGGGAGGUAGUUUAGUUCUUCUGAAAAUUCGUGGGGAUGAAUUCGUGUCCCGUCAGCGAUAAUAACGAGCGUGCCAUGAGGGGAGUGGGCCAAUUUUACACAUCCGCUAAUUAGAAUUUAGAAAAGGAAGGGACGAAAGGAAGAGAAAAAAGAAAAAAAAAGAAAAAGAUAGGUAGACUCAUCCGUAUCCGGGGAAAACGGAAGGAUGAGAAAGCUCCGCUUGCCACGAGGCGUAAAUAAAAUCACGGGGCGAGCGCAGCUUUCCCUGGCGUCGUCGUUAUACAUUGAUGUGAUAAGGCUUCUAUCUCGAGGAUACGUUUGAAAAGAGAGAACGAGACGAUAGGAAGAGAUAUGUUGAGCGAUAUGUUGUAAUUCAUUAAUCCGCCGUGCUUAACGCGAGCCUCUACGUGCACUCUAGCACUCUCCGUUUCUUCUGAACGUAAAAAAAAGAAAAAAAAAAAAAACUGUCUCUCUAGCGCAGCUCCUUACGUGUAAUUAACGUGUAGCGUUGAUUCGCACCGUGACGUGUAAUCGCAUCGUGCGAAAAUCGGGAAGUAUUCUGAUACGAAUCCAA